GAAACACUCAAAGCGGAGGCAGGGAAUGCACUUACACAGCAGCAGAAGGAAUACGAACGGGAGCAGAACUUGCUCAUGCAAACUUCAAAGAAGAAAGAUAUCAUAGCAUUCACAGAACCCCCGCCAGAGCUGGAGUUUAGCGUAACUGUACCCACCAUCUCUGCACAGGAUAUUGCCAUUGUUAAGUUGACGGCUCAGUUUGUGGCCAAGAACGGCAAAGGCUUUCUGCAGUCGCUGAUGCAACGAGAGGUCCGCAACUACCACUUUGAUUUUCUCAAGCCCCACCAUUCACUCUUCUUCUACUUCACCAAGCUAGUUGAACAGUACACGAAAGUAAUGUUACCACCUAAAGGCACCAAAGAAGUUCUGCAGAAGGAUGGGAAAAGCCCAUACAACGCUCUGGGACGCGUCGAACACAGACUCAACUGGAAGAAGCAGGAGAACGCGAAGAAAGAAGCGGCAAACAAGGAUGUGGAGAACGAACGGAAAGCCUUCUUAUCUAUUAAUUGGGCCGAUUUUGUAGUAGUCGAAACAGUCCCAUUCGCCGAAGACGAUACAUCUGAACUGCCGCCGCCAGUCAACAGACAGACCAUUGCACAGCGCAUACUGGACCAAGAGCGACUGCAGACCAAGAAGAAGGCACCCGCAGCUGAACUAGUACCCGAAGCCGAGGCGGAGAAUGAAGGCGAGAAUGCGGAGGAGAACGAAGCCGAUGUUGAGGAGGUGGAGAUGGAGAUGGAAGAUGGUACGAGAGCGUGGAUUGUUAUGUGCGUCUUCUGA